CGCGACUGCACCAACCUGUUGUAGCGCGCUUGAGCCACCCACACUGCUCACCGUCGCGGAAUUGUAUUCCAUGCUCCAUGACUACCCAUCUGAGGACUUGUAUACACCACCAACACCCGUAAGCCAUGAAGAACGCAUCAGGAGGCUCGCGCGAGGAGUUGGUUUGAGAUGGGAUUCGGAGGACGGGUCGGCGGAUGAGGAUACAGAUUCAGUUGAGAUAGAUGGUGCCGACUGCGAGUCCAGUGGUGCUCCGGGCUCGCCGCUUCCUGCCCUCGACUUUUCAGGACUCGGAGCAUAUCAUGAAUACGACGACCUCGAGACAAUGACGCACCCUCUCGCCACGGCUACUAUGCCACGACUUGCGAGACUUGUGGUCUGUCUGUCCAGGUCACGGACACGACGGGUGACUCAAUGUGCCGGACGCAUGUUGGCGAGCACAUACUGCGUGCGAUCCUCGAGAUCUCAGAGGCAAACUUGCGCGAACAGAUUCAUCCAGGGUACCCGUGCAGUUUCUGCGGACGAACCGGGUGCAAUAUAGAUCUUACAAAGACAAGCUCCUCAUAUCAGCCGGCAUCGAACUGUCCACGCGCACACAAGUUCUCUCUGGCCCCUGCAAAGAAGUACUCAGCGUGCAUGCCAUCGACCAACGUCCCUCUGCACUGUGAUCUCUGCGAAACGGAUCCUACAACAAAGAAGAAACCGACGUUCUGGAAGUACAACAUAUUCAACCAUAUUCAACACAAGCACCCACGGAACUGGGAUGCAGAAGCACGUCGCACGAAGGGCCUCAGCGAAGCCUUCGUCGCGUCGAUUCAAGUUGACAUCGAUCCGCGAGAGCUUACAGCAAUCGCCCCGAGUGCAACACGCAUCUAUCCUAUCCCUGAUGCAGAGGCCGAAGUGCGAUCGCAGCAGGACCGUCAGCCGCUAGCAAGCGUCCUGGCGACGCUACACUCGAGCAUCGUGCUAGCAAACACAUCAAGCUCUAGCUUGAACGCACGAUCAUUCUUUAGUACCGAAUUUAGUUCAACUUAUAUGUGAAUUAUUGUUCUCUCUCUCGUAGAUAGUACAGUAUAACAAGCUGUAUACUGCACUCCUAGUAUAUAGAUCGGAAUUAAUACUUAUUCGACCGUGUCAUACUGUGCCUACGGAGGAACUUGGCUCAUUGCGCUGCG